AUGGCUCAGCACAUGAGGUGGCAUGUGAUUGAGGAAAAUCCAGAUGGCAGGUUAAGGCACCUACGAGAUUUGGAGGCGUGGAAAACAUUUGAUGCAAAAUUUCUAGACUUUACCAGUGAUCCUAGAAAUCUCUGGCAAGACUCUUUCCGCAGAGAACCGGAAUGGACCGGAGACGUAGACAACGGUCUAUUCUCUCCAAUUGAAAACUCCAAGAGCAAACUCUCCGUCAGUGCCAAAGCUCCGGCUGGUAAAGCAAUCCCCUACAGCAACGCACGCCUCUCUCGCUCCGAGUUCUUCUACUCAUUUCCGGUGACCAACGGCCAAAAGUUCAUUCGCCUCUACUUUUACCCAUCUUCCUACGGCGUCAACUUCCUUCGCUCGGACUCUCUCUUCUCCAUCAGAGCAGGAUCUCACACCCUUUUGAAAGACUUCAACGCUUCGUUCGCGGCCGACGACGCCGGCCAAGAAACCAUCUUGCGUGAAUACUGCGUCGAUGUGUAUACCGGUGAGACCCUUAGCUUAACAAUCACGCCCAGUCUAUCUGAUCCAAACACUUAUGCUUUCAUCAAUGGGAUCGAGGUCAUUUCUAUGCCGACCUUCCUUUAUUACACAAACCCAGACGACCUGCAGGGGAUGACGCUAGAUGGUGGAACCCAACAGUAUCAGGUCAAAAAUAAUAAAGCUCUCGAGACUAUGUACAGAGUCAAUGUUGGCGGGAGUCAUAUCCCUCCCGAAAAAGAUACUGGCAUGUUUCGUUAUUGGGACCAGGAUAAUGCCUACUUGGAGAGGGAGCGCCCACAUAGUGUAUCCGCAGGUUUUGGUUUAGAGGUAGAUCACACAAACUAUCCAAAUUAUACUGCACCAGAUGAAGUAUACUUGACUGCCAGAAGCUAUGGGAUGAAAGAAACGUCUAAAUUUAAUGUGACUUGGGAAUUUGAAGUUGACUCAGAAUUUACUUAUACGGUGAGAUUGCAUUUUUGUGAGUUUGAUGAAAAAAUUCAGAACAAUGGAGACAGAGUUUUUCAGAUUUUCAUCAAUGAUGCUUUGGUGGAGCCUGUCGCUGAUGUGAUGAUGUGGACUCACAAAGUAUUGGCUCCUAUCCAUAAGGACUAUGCGGUGUCAAUGCCAAGUGAUGAUGGGAAGUUAAAGCUGAAUCUUUCAAUUAAGUUGCGACCACACCCAUUGGCAAGAAGCACUUACAGAGAUGUUUUAUUGAAUGGUAUUGAAAUUCUUAAAAUAAGUACGGACUAUAAUGACAAUCAUGCGAGUCCUAGUUCGAAUCCACUUCAAUCUCCAUCCACGCCAUCCUCCAGGUCAUCGAGGAACGGAAACAAAGCAAAGGAAGUUCAUGGUGGGGACGAAAAUCAAUAG